UACCCUUCCGUCACCCAUACCCGCCCCUGAGGACGGUGCGUCGUUGGCGGCGUCAAUAUUAUUUAUUAUUCCCGUUAGUCUCGGUAUUUAGCGCCGCAGCUGCUCACGGUGAUCGUUAAAACGGACGCGUCCUGUUGUUCCGCGGCGCGUGUUUUUCUUGUAACGGGGAUUAUUGAGGCGGCAUCAGCGCGCGGUGAUGCUCUCCGUUAAAGGAUCGUGAAGCGUCGCGAGUCUAAAGGACCACUGCUGUGGAUGUUUGGGCGCUAGUGUGUGUUUGUUUUGCUCUGAUGGCGAACAUGAGCAGUAGUGUGUGUAUGGAGACCCCACACGCUCAUGGCCACGCCCAUGGCCACGCCCAACACUAUAACCCCACCCCUGGGCGGGACUUCCCUCUUCAGAUCGAUUCCUGCGUGAACCCUGUGUUGGACUACAGUGCGCAGAUGGAGCGAUAUCGCUCGUUUGCUACCUUUUAUAAGAACAGCACCGCUGCUGCCGCCGCCGCUGCUGCCACCCCAUUUCCGCAGACCGCCAAAAUCGCCCGCAUCGCCACGCCCCUCUUCCCGUCAGCCCGCCUAUCAGCGAUGCCGCCCUGGCCAUGUGAUAACGCCAUGCUAUGGGGACGAAAGCCUGCAGCGGUUAACGUAAAUGCACCACACACACAUCGGACUGGCAUGUCGAGGGCGGAGCAAGUCAACGUUCACAUGUCCGCCAAACACAUUCCACAAGACUCCGCCCUCCAAAUGGGCGCUGACAACUUCUUGUCGCCGUUGGCUGCGGAGCAAUGCCGCGGUCUUCCGGUAACAGGCGCCGAGUGCAUGAACCGACUGAAGUGUCCGCCGUCAGUGCCUCCAGGCGGAGCCGCAGAAUCAGACCGCGGCGGGACAUUCGGAGGAAUGCCUCCAUUAGGCGGUUUAUCACUGCCCCCAGGGGUCAUCGUCAUGACAACGCUUCACUCCGGGGCAGGGUCGUCGGGGGUCACCAUGUCCGACAGCGCGUUUCAGAUCGCCAACGUGGCGGCGGACUGCCAACACAGCGGGUCGUCCUGCUCCGGCUCCCCUGCGGCGCUCAGUGGGAAUGCUAACGGUAAUGUUAACGGCAGCUGCAGUAGUAGCGGUAGCGGAGCAGCGAAACGCAAACGCAAGCGCUGCGGGGUGUGCGCCCCCUGCAGGAGGCUGAUCAACUGCGGCGUCUGCAGCUCCUGCCGGAACAGAAAGACGGGUCACCAGAUCUGCAAGUUCAGGAAGUGCGAAGAACUCAAGAAGAAACCGGGCAGCACCAUGGAGAGAGCGCCGUCAGCCGGAGCUGCCGAUACUUUCCGCUGGUUCUUCUGAAGACCUCCCGACAAACCCACAUCAUGAAACCAGACUGGAACACUACAAGAACUGCAAUCUACCCCGAGGUCUGACCAUCAAUCAGGGACACUCUCACCGUCCUCCUCACUUUCUACCCCUUCCCCUCAGGACUCACUGUGGCCCGUUCGGCACUGGGGGCGUCAGGUCGCACAUGCCCCGCCAGAGAGACAGCGAUGGAGCUUUCUGAAACGCUUAAAGUCAGAAACGCUUAACGUGACUUCAUGCUUUACACACAGUUGAAAUCAAAAUUAUUCACCCUCCUGUAAAAUAUAUUUCCCAAAUGA